CGAGUUUGUGUACAAAAUUAUGUAUUAGGCUACAGUAUAUCUAUGAUGCAUUUUAUCUUUGUCCUAGCAGCUUCAUGUGUUACGCUUUGACAGUAAAUUCCAACGAUUUUCUACCUUAUUUGUAUUUUGUAAAGGUACUUUACCUGUACUGACGGAAACUAAACAGUUUUGGAUUGUUUUUUACUAUUAAUGUGAUUUUUAAACACAUUUUCUAGAUCCAGAAGGGGAUACUUUUAUUCGAUUUACAGUAUCUCGUGUGUAGUUUUCGCUGAUGUAAAUAUAUUUCUCGUAUAACCUUAUACUGGAGCUCUUACUUAAUCUGGUGUAUUCUUGUGGGUGGGUGGAUAUUUGGUUUGUUUCCUUAAAGGCUAGAUAAACUUUAUUCAGAUCCUUCGGAAUGGCGUCUACAUGGAAUGACUUGGACCUGCUCCUUGAUUCCCCUACCAAACCAGCAGCUACAUCUGCACAACGAGGGACUAUUAUAGACAAGACUAACUUUAAUGCAAGUGAAGAUGCUGCAGCUCUGAGGAAAGCUAUUGAGGGUCUUGGUACAGAUGAAAAGACCAUAAUUACUAUUUUAACAGGAAGGACAAAUAAGCAGCGUCAGCUGAUAUGUGCAGCAUAUCAUCAAGCGACUGGGAGGACCCUCAAAGAGGACCUGAAAGGAGACACCCAUGGGGACUUCGAAGACCUGCUAGUGGCACUUAUCACACCGGCAAAUGUGUUUGAUAGUCAGGAGGUAAUCCAGGCCAUGAAAGGACUUGGGACGACUGAUAAUACUUUAAUAGAAAUCUUUGCUUCAAGAACCACCCAACAAAUAAAGACCCUCUCAGAUGCAUAUUUGGCAGAAACGGGGAAGAAAGUAACACUUGACCUCAAGACGGAAGUCUCCGGGGAUUACGGCAAGGCACUUCUCACUUUGGCUGAGGCGACAAGGGAGGACAGCGCUGCUGUAGAUAUGGGAAAAGCCAGACAGGAAGCCAAGGUUCUGUAUGAGGCGGGAGAGAAGAGAUGGGGAACAGAUGAAAACAAAUUUAUCGAUAUUUUGUGCCACCGAAGCUUAGCUCAACUGAGGCAAGUUUUGAUUGAAUAUAAGAACAUCAGUGGAAAGACACUGCAGGAGAGCAUCGAAAGUGAAAUGUCUGGGCAUUUAGAGGAUCUGCUGGUGGCCAUAGUGAAAUGUGUGAAAAGUGUACCAGCCUACAUGGCUGAAAGACUCCACACAUGCAUGAAGGGUCUUGGGACAGCUGACUCUACUUUGAGGAGAAUUAUGGUCAGUCGCUCUGAGAUUGACAUGCUGGACAUCAAGGCUGAGUUCAAAAAAAUGUAUGGCUACUCACUGCACUCUGCUUUAGAGUCUGAAACUUCUGGGGAAUAUCGCAAAACUCUGCUGAAGAUCUGUGGUGGAGAGUAACUGUGAAGCAUGAUGAAAAUUCUGGGCGGUUUUCAUCGAGCUACUAACUUAAGAGUAGAAACAAUAACAAAGUAUUUAAACAGCUGUUGUUUUAUUAACUAUUCACUAAAAAGUGUGCAUACAUGUGUCUAUUUUUAGGUAUAUAUACCAAACUUUUAAAAUGGAAAAUUUCAUUAUAUAUGAAUUUAUAAUAUUCUUUAUUAACUGAAUUGAAUUUAUAACCGUAUUGAACAACACACAAUGUAUUGCUAUGUAAAGGAAUAUGACUGUUAUUUUUUAAUCCAGCAGAUGGCAGUAAAAAUAAAAUGAAGGAAAUUCAUGAAAAUAUUUUUCUUGGAAAAUAAAAUUGUGAAAAAAAUCCUCA